AUGGCGCAGUACGCCGCGGCCCAGAGAGCCUAUGAGAACAAGAUGUCCAGUGAAGAGGUGCUGAGACUUUUUGAAGACGCCGAAGGCACCAUGCAGCCGCUGCUGUGCAAUGGCCUUGCCUCUUUGGAAGCGAAGGAGCUGGAGACGGUGCUGAAGGGUCGCCUGCAUCAGGCCGUGACCUUGGCACAGCUGGGCGCCGCCGACCGCUGGCCGCGGAUCAAGGCGUUGGCGGAGGACGUCUUGCAGUUCGACUUCAACAACGCACACGCACGCUGGCUGCGUGGCCUCUCACUGCAGCAUCACUUCGCAAAGCCGUUGGAAGCGGAACAGGAGUGCCGACGUGCAGUGGAAUGCGCGCGGAUGCAGGGAAAAGAUGCGGAAGCCAAUUCCUGGGAAGCCGAAGUGUUGAGCACCUUCUCUUGCGACCCCGCGGUGGCCGCGGUGGCGACUCCGGCGCCUGCCAACGCUGCGCCGGUGCCGGAGCCGGAGACCAAGAGUGCCAUGGCCAAGGGCUUCUUGAAUCGUAGUGCCAAGAAGAGCCGUGCGCCCGAGCCCGCCACAGAAGCGCCAGUGCCACCGGCAGCAGAAGCGGCAGUGGCAGAGGCGAAACAGAAAGAGGCAGAGCUGCGCUCGGAACUUGCGACGCUCACGGCCCAGCUGACGGCUGUGGAGGCAGAGCGGGGCCGAGAGGCGCAGGACGUGGCCAUAGCGCUGCAAGAGAUCAAGGAGCUACCUGAAGAGCUCGCUUCGCUCAGCAGCUCUGCUUCAGCACUGGAAGCCGCACAGGAGAAGCUGCUGGCGGGACGGACGUGGGCGGAGAAGGAGCAGCAACGCUAUGUGGACGUCUCUACAGAAGUGCUCACACUUCAGCAGAUGACCCUGCGAGAGUCUAAGGAACAAGAGGAGACAGCUGAGAAGCAGUGCACAGAGCUGCGCUCGUUGUCCAGUCGAUUGCAGGAUCAGCUGAAGCAACUGAGGCACUUGGACCUGAAAGGCCACCAGGGCGACGACGAGGACGUGGCUCGUCUGGCGCACCACGUGGCCGCCUUCCAGCGGCUGCCGUGGCGACGGAAGCUGGCGGCGAUGUUGGAAGAUGGCGCGCUGCUGUGGAUGUUGGCCUUCAUGGUGCUGUUGGGCAUGCUCUUCACGUUAUCGUUAAUUGUGGAGCUCUGGUUCUCCUCCAAAUGCCGUUUGACGUGUGACAUCGCCGGGGUUUGA